UUUUAGAAUUACCAGAAGUCCCCUUAAAAAGGGAUGGACUCUCUCUACUAAGAUCUAAAAAAUCCCUAAUCCAAAGCCUUCUUCUUCCCUUUUUUUUCCCUUCUGAUAAUCUCUUUUUCUGUUCACUGAGAAUCUCAAAAGCUAUUUUCUUCCCCCCCGGGAGAAAAUUUCAUUCUUUUUCUGUUUGUUCUUGUUCUUUUGCUUGGGUUUUGAUUUGAAGUUUGGUAGAGGCUUUCGCUUCACUGAAUUCUCUUCAACUCAAAGUGUUCUUCGACUCUAAUUGGUUACCCUCAAGCCUCUUACUGAUUUCUCCCGUCAAAAAAAGGCUGAAUUUUUCUCCUUUUCACUGACAGAUUCGAUCGAGCAAGACACUGAUUCAUCUCCAGAGACACCCAAUUAGAGACAAGUAUGAUAAAUGUUAUGAACUCGUUGAAAGAUCCGAUCAAAGGAAGCGGAGAAAAAUGCUUAGACCCUCAGCUAUGGCAUGCCUGUGCUGGUGGCAUGGUUCGUAUGCCGCAUACGAACUCCAAGGUCGCUUAUUUCCCACAGGGACACGCCGAAAAUGCUUACGACCGAGUCGAUUUCGGGACUUUGCCCAUCCCUGCAAUGGUUCUUUGUAGAGUCUUAGCCAUCAAGUACAUGGCUGAUGCUGAAUCCGACGAGGUUUUCGCCAAAAUAAGGCUAAUGCCAUUGAAAGGUGACGGCUUUGAUCACGAAGAUUGCAAUGGCGAUGGAGGUUAUGGUAACGUUUUCGAGGGUAACAAUGAGAAAACGCCUUCCUUCGCAAAGACGUUAACUCAAUCUGACGCUAACAAUGGCGGAGGAUUCUCUGUUCCUCGUUACUGCGCAGAGACUAUCUUCCCGAGGCUCGACUAUAAUGCUGAGCCGCCAGUCCAGACCAUUCUUGCAAAGGAUGUUCAUGGAGAUGUUUGGAAGUUUAGGCACAUAUAUAGGGGAACCCCUCGUCGCCAUCUCCUUACGACGGGAUGGAGCAAUUUUGUGAACCAGAAGAAGCUUGUGGCCGGAGAUUCAAUCGUCUUUAUGAGGGCCGAGAAUGGGGAUCUCUGUGUCGGGAUUAGACGGGCGAAGAGAGGAGGGAUUGGGAAUGGACCCGAGUAUUCAUCGGGUUGGAAUCCGAUUGGUGGAAGUUGUGUCUAUGCUUCUCUUCUAAGGGAAGAUGAAGGCAGUAACCUAAAGAGAAGUUGCUCUCCGUUUGAUAUAAAAGGAAAAGUUACGUCCGAAUCUGUUCUUCAAGCGGCAACUCUUGCUAUAAGUGGAAAGCCGUUUGAUGUAGUGUACUAUCCGAGGGCAAGUACUUCGGAGUUCUGUGUGAAGUUGUCCGAGGUUAGGGCUGCAAUGCAGAUACCGUGGUGCUCGGGUAUGAGAUUCAAGAUGGCUUUCGAGACGGAAGAUUCAUCUCGUAUAAGCUGGUUUAUGGGGACAGUUUCAUCUGUUAGCGUCUCGGAUCCUGUCCGCUGGCCCGAUUCUCCCUGGAGGCUUUUACAGGUUGCUUGGGAUGAACCGGAUCUACUCCAAAACGUGAAACGAGUGAAUCCAUGGCUGGUUGAAUUGGUAUCUAACAUACCCUCGAUCCCGUUUUCUUCGUAUUCUCCAUCGAGGAAGAAAAUGAGGUUUCCUCAAAACCCGGAUUACAGCCCGAUAAACUCGAUAUCAAUUCCUUCAUUCUCAAGCAAUCACCUCGGGUUGGGCAAUCCGUUAGGUUUAGGUUGUGUCCCGGAUAAUGUACCUGUGGGUUUACAGGGAGCCAGGCAUGCUCAGUACGAGUUAUCAUCCUCGGAUCUGCACCACUUGAAUAGGCUUCCGCCUGGUUUUUUCCCGAUCUGUUUUCAGGGUUUGGACCGUUCAGUUCCUUCCCUCGGGUUCCUCCGCCAUGGAAACCCGCUCAGAAAUGCUGAGAACGACGAGAAAGGAUCUUGUUUCUUGACGAUGGGAAGCCCUAAGCAUAUCCUCGAUGAGGAUACAGAGUCCAAAAAGCCUCACAUUGUUCUGUUUGGCAAGCUCAUCCUCCCCGAGCAGCCGAAACCCGAGAAUGAAUCCGCAGAUACAAAUACUAAUCUAGAGAAAUCCCCGAUUUCCUCAGGCGGGUCGAGCCAGAACAGCGGUGGAAGGGAAAAAUCUUUGUCGGAAGAAGGGUCACCUUGCAAAGACAACGAUGAUGUAGGAGGAUUGGAGACAGGGCAUUGCAAAGUGUUCAUGGAGUCUGAUAAUGUCGGAAGAACCUUAGAUAUAUCGGUCCUCGGCUCGUACGAAGAACUUAACAAGAAGCUCUCCGACAUGUUUGGCAUCGAGAAUCCGGAGAUUUUGAGCUCUGUUCUCUACUGUGAUGCAUCAGGAGCCAUCAAAUAUGCAGGAAACGAACCAUUCAGCCAUUUUUCGAAGACGGCGAGAAGAUUAACGAUUCUGACGGAUCAAGGAAGCGAGAAUGUAGUGAGAUAGAGAAGAGAGAUUUGGUCUGAAUGUGAAAUGAGUUCUUAUCUAACGUUGUAUAGUUCAUAAGACAGACUUCUGUUCCACUGUUUAGUUCCCUCUGCUUUGGAUUUUUUUUUUUUUUUUUUUUUUUUUUGG